AAGACAUAGAAGAAACGAAAACUCACGACGCUAAUAACUUUACCAUGACUUCAAAUGCCUGUCACGGGCAGCUGCCUUUUCUGCCUGGAAACUCUUUUAGGGAUCUCACACGAUGCUUCUCGAAGACAGGAAGAGCGACGAUCAUUCUAAAGAUGAUUGGAUAUUUUCCGAGGACUGACGCGUGAGUUAUCCAAUUAUACUCUCAACCGAAGCACAACCCGCCAGACUUCGUAUUGGAUGCAUUGCAAUGCAAAGCGAGGAAGGAGCUGCACAAAAACCUUACAUGGCAGGCCUCAAACACUGAAAUAUAAGAAUGGCUAUGCUGUGCCUCAGCGCCCACUUGUAGGAAUUGGACGGGAACCGCUUCUUGUGGACCAAUUUACUCAGUCUGAGCUCGAUCAGAUGAACAGGCAGAGAGCUAUACUUACUUAUGGACCUGCUCGGACUCAUCCACUUCCAGACUUCAUCCCAGCACAUGUGGCUUUUGACAAAAAGGUUCUACGAUUCAACGGGUAUUUCAGACAAGAUAUUGAAGGUUCUUCUGAGAAUGAGUAUUAUGUGCGCCCUAUUGUUGUUUAUUAUUACCUGGAGGAUGACAGCAUUUCAAUUGUGGAACCAGUGGUAGAAAACUCUGGAAUACCUCAAGGGAAACUGGUCAAGCGACAUCAGCUCCCAAAAAAUGCCCUGGGUGAGACAUAUCACUGGAAAGAUCUGAACCUCAGAACAGACCUCAUUGUUUAUGGAACUGUGUAUCGGCUAUGUGACUGUGAUCUCUUCACAAGGGACUUUUUGGAAAGCAGCGGCAUCAUCGUGAAUGAACCUGAGGAGAUGCCUGUAGAUCCUUAUACUCAAGGACGUGUCCAACCACUGCAGUCCUACAACACUCCAUCAGAUUUUGAUAGACUCAAGCAGUUCUUGACAAUGGAUCGCAAGGUUCUACGUUUUUUUGCUCUCUGGAAAAACUGGGAUUCCCUUUAUUCAGAAACGCGCCCUGUUCUGCUCCUCUACUAUCUCAUGGAUGACACGGUUGAAAUUCGUGAAGUGCAUGAGCCCAACAGUGGAAGGGACCCUUUCCCUCUGUUGCUUAGAAGACAGAGGGUAUUAAAAGAUUACAAGGAACUGACUGAUGCAUUUCCAUCUUGUGUGCUAGAGGUGUCCGAACAAGAGGUGAAAGAAUAUUACUCUCCGAAGGACUUCAAAGUUGGAGACACCAUCACUAUGAUGGGACGAAAAUUUUUCAUUUAUGAUUGUGAUCAGUACACAAAAAAUUACUAUCAGGAGCACUUAGGAGAGGUUCCAUUGAAGCCAGUUGAUAUUAGUGACAAAAAGACAACUGACAUUUCUAAGGAAAUUCCUCCAUAUAAUGGAUUUGGGUCAUUGGAAGAUUCUCUGCAAAACUGCCUGUCCCUCAUUCCACAACCACCCAAGAAAGAUUUCAUUAAGAUACUAGAAAAUGACCACAAAAUACUGAGAUAUGAAGCUAAGCUGGACUCUCCAAAUCCCGAAGACCAUGGAAGACGCUUCAUCCUCUCUUAUUACUUGUCCAAUGACAUGAUCAGCAUAUUUGAGCCACCAGUAAGAAACUCAGGGACCAUUGGAGGGAAAUUUCUGGAGAAGACACGUAUUCCUAAACCAGAUGGAACUAUCGAUAACCCACAGUACUAUGGACCGUCUGAUUUAGCAAUUGGAAGUACCAUAGAAGUAUUUGGCCAUUGGUUUAGACUGACCAAUGCAGAUGAGUAUGUGCUGAAGUUCUUAGAAGCAAAUGCUGAAAAUAUUCCAUUGGAAACGUUGAAUUCAAUAAGACAGGUUGUGAAGGACAACCCCAUACAACUGAUGAACUGCAGUGAGUAGAUCUGGAUGGAAGCCUUCAUGACACACUGCAGCAGAAAGUGGUAUUGACCUCUGGAAUACCUUUGAUGCCUGAUAUAUCUUAAAAACACUAUAAAAGAAAACAUUUAGUACAAAUGUCACCUUGAUGAAGUCCGUAUAGCCAUAAAGAAUGAAACAAAGAAAUUAUGGGCCUUCUAUUAUAUAUGUGAUGUGUGCUCCUGUCUGUAGUGGUGUCUUACCCUUUUUGUUACUCUCAUAAACUUUGUUUUGCAUGUGUUUGUUAGGAAAGCUAAGUAUCUCUGCUAGGUCAGUGAUUACUUAGCAACUUGAUAUUUUUGACAGAAAGCCCCAAUUUUAAUUUCCCCUCUGCGUACUCUGUAUGUAAAUAAUUAUUAACUCUAACAGGAGUCCGCACCUUACCUGGUGACAUAAGCAGCACUGAACUUUGCAUCAGUCGUGUAAUAAACUACAGAGCAUUCUUAAAUGAUGGGCGUUAAAGUCAUAAAUAAUUAGACUAAGUUAUUAUUAUCGGCAACAGUAGCUAUAGUAUAUCACGUCAUAAUAAUAAUAAUAAUAAUAAUUUAAAAUGGUGAAGCAGGUUAUGAGGAGCGUGCUCAUUUUCACUUAAAAAUCUCAAUGAUACAAUACAAUUUAUUUUUAUAUAGCCCAAAAAUCACACAACGGUGACCACCAAAUUUACCUCAGGGGACAAAUAAAGUUGUAUUGAUCUAAAAUAUUUUAAUUUAGUGAGACCAAUUGUCAGCAACUUUUCUUGCAACCGCUUCUUUAUUAGAAGCUAUUUUUGUUGUAACUUUAUACCUGAUGUUUAACUAGAUAGUUUUAGCUGUACUUUCCUUCUGCCCCAUGUUGUAUGAAAUUUCUUCUUUAGUUUGAUUUACAAUUUCAGAGAAAAGUUAAAUCAGUGGGCUGGAAUGGAUGACUCCUGUAAUUAUUUGUUGCUUUAUUUCAUGCUAAAUAUUUGCCACAAUCAAUUUACUUUAUGAGGAACACACAGUGGUGCAAACGGGUUGUGUUAGCUAGCUUGCUGUUUGUGCCGUAUUUUCUGAUUGAAGUAAUCAGAAAUAUAAAAGUAAACCAAAUGAAUAGGAAAGAGUGUAGAAGUAACUUAACUCCGGUGUUCUGAAGGAUGCGAGUUCAUCGAGAAAUAAAACCUUUCCUGUCGGUAAUGGCUCUCUAAAUGUCAUAUAACAUCUCAUUAAACGAGAAGUGCAAUUGACUUCAAGUUACAAAACUGGAACAAAAAAUUGCUACGACUAUAGGUCAUUUGGACCAGAGUCUCAUAACGUCUAGUUUGGUUCUUCAAGGUGUUCCAGCUCUUCACCUCAACAAGGAGGAAAUCCACAUUUUCUCAAGAUCACUUGGAGGCUCUUUCAGCCGGUUUCUUUCCAUUCCUUUUGAUUCAUCAUGAAAUCAGUCCUUUUGGCUUUGCACGUGCUGGCAAUCCUGAGGCUAAAAACAGGAGAUGUCCCUCAGGGCUCAUCAGACAGUAUAUUAUGACGUUUAAAAGCGAGAAGUGUUUGCAGCUACUGUUGAACUAAAUGGCCGGUUUUGAAACAGCCAAUAACACUGUGUCCAAAGGUUCCUCUGUAUUUGUGGAAUUAGAACUGGACCACUAUCAAUUGGCGAGUCUCUGUUUUCUGUAGUAUCUUUAUAGCAUCAUCACAAGAUGCUUUGAAAAGCAGGCCAUUAUAACAGAAUGCAAUGCAGGUGAAAACUCAAAUGCUCGGGGCAUCCAAAAAGUUACGGAGAUAUCAAAGCAACCUCUUGGAGGGCUUGAACAUUCAAGUAAGACGUUCAAUAUACUGUGUACACUUAACAGAACUACUAGGAGUACAAUUACAACCCAGACGAUAUUUGCUAUAUUUUGACAACAGUAUUAUCCAUAAGGAACGAUCGGAGUCCACUUUCCAGUUAAUGUUAGUUGACCCUGUGCACAAACUGCACUUUAAAUAUGGAGGGGGUGGAAACGUACUGAAGAAGGAGUUUUCAAUGUCAUUAGAAACCAAAAUUAAAUUUAAAGAAUUGGUGAAUUCAGAAAGAAUUUAACAUUCCUGAGCAACAAAGUGAUAACAACAACAACAACAACAGGUCAAAUAUUAACACUGCUAUUUCAGGGAGAGAAAUGUUGUGCUAUGGUGUACCGUAAACUAUUUUUUCAAAUAAAUAUUUCAGAAUUGUU